CCCUUGGAUGAUCAGUUAAGGAUCCGGGUGGAAAAGUGCAGCUCUGAGGAGGCAGGGACCUCACAGCCGGGUUGGAGAUAUCACGGGCACCUGCCAAUUCUGCUAUCAGUGGAAGUCCAGGCGCGUCACAGCUGCUGCGUCCAGGGCGCAUCGUCCAAAAAAAAAAAAAAAAAAAAAGAGAGAAGAAUCUGCGGAGCUCCUGCACUGGCUGCUGCUGUUUCUGCGCAAAAGAGACGUGUUCUGUGGGACUUGCUGGUGCGGAGGUUUGCAGCUGGUCACCAGAACCACCCGAGCCAAUGCGCAACGAGCGGAUCAGAAGGCAACUAACCCGAGACUCCGCCGCAGGGUUGUGAAACUAACCAGGAGCUGGGGUUCGGUUGGAAAGUUCAACCCCCCUGGAUGUCGCUGAAAAUGCGGGGUUUUGCUGAGCGCGGAUAGAGGGGCGCUGCUGCUGCUGACAGAGACCACUUGUACCCGCGUGCGCGCACACACACAGGGAGUCUGUGAAGGAGCCCGGAGCGGACUGGACUGGCAUUUUAAACAGGGUCCCGGGGAGUGCGCUGCUCGUCGGUCCAGCCUGAAAGGUGAGUGGUUUUUUUGGUGGAAAUGGCUGCGCGUCUGUUGGCGGAAGGGUGGACAGCGUCGAUGACUUGCAGCCAGUUUUAAAGAAGCCACAGCGCGCACCGACGCAGGAUCAUCGAUUCGCACUUGAAGCGCAGUCCGGAACGUUUGGUUUUCACAGGCUCAAGUUGAACCGCUUAACCAUGCGCGCCAGGAUCUUGUGUUUGUGGCUCUGUUCUGCGGUGUUUUGCACGCGGCUGCAGUGCGCCUGGUCCAGGAAUACGGCGGGGAUGGAUGAGCUGAACACGGGCAGCGGCAGCAGCAGCAGCGGCGGCGGAGGAACCGGGGGCGCCAGCGGCGAGUCUGGGGGGAAGCGUGACUUGAACCAAACCAUCAACUCUCGGAUCAAGAGGAAAACCCUCGCUGUGGAUUUCGCGGUGCCCUCUUUGCUGCGUUAUUACCUGGCGGAGUUCAUCAAAAGACCCCUGAAUGGCGACUGUCAGACCUACAACGGAUGUUACGCGGUGCGCGCCAACUUGAAAAUGCACUGCAUUCCUCUACAGAAGACCAUCGCUACUUUCGUCGAGCCAAAGUCUGCCGAAGCUGGGAAUAGAAGCUCGGCUCCAGAUGACGGACAGCCGCUCUUUUACUACAAGCAACCGCUGUCCAAAGUUCUGAAACUGGGCUUGACCAAAGCCAGUCGGAAAUCCAACCAAGUGGUGGUGGAAAUAGGAGAAGACAUAGUCCGGACCGGGUGUGGGGGACUGACCGUGCACGAGGAGGCCCCGGUUUUUACCCUGGAGAUGGACCUCACGACUAUACUGGAGUGGUGGUUGGGCGCCGAUGGAGGCCGGCUGAGGGUCAGGAUCAUGCCCGAGAAGAAGGCGCAGGUGCCCGGGGUGGAGGACCGGUACACCGCGGCCAUACGCGCCGCAGACCCCCGCCUCUUUCUUCGGAUAUCAUCUCAGGGCGCAACACUUCCUGGUCAUGAAGCGCUCAGUCCAAGUGGAUAUUGGAGCUUUUCCUGGCUAGCAGAGGACGUUUUAAGCUUCCCCAUCGAGAGAAGGACGAGCACAUCAGAUCCCGUGUGCUUCAACAAGCCUGGGUCAUGUGACCAGAGCUUGAGCGACGCGCCUGAGUUCACGUGGAGCAUCGUGGCUACCGGGGACCUGCUGGAGGAGCGUGAGCGCACCGGAAGCACAGCAGGAAGUCCGCAGGGCUGGGAGGAAGGCCUCUUCUUCUGGGUGAACACGUCGGCUCACGGCGGCCCGUGGGUGCUGAGCCCGUGGCUGUGGGGCGGGGACGCCCCCUGCAGCCUGGACAUGGCCGUGUUCCUUCACCUGAAACAGAGCGGGCAAUACACCAUACGGCUGAUCGAGCGGGACAAAACGCCCUUUGCCCUCUUCUCCACGGACACGCUGCCUCGCAUCACUGGCUGGGCGGUGGUCCACCUCACCCUGGGGACCCACGACGGGUUACCUUUUCGGGUCUCAGCGGGCUACGAACAGAGGAUCCCUCAAGAUGACACGGCGACCAUAGAGCCCCAUUUCACCACCAACUGCAGCAUGGCUACUUCUCUGGGCCAAAACAUCACACUGGAGGGCCAGUACCACUGUCACCAAGGACCCGGAGUCCCUCUGGACAAGCUCUGUGACUUCAGAACCGACUGUCCACUCGGGGACGACGAAGGCGACCGAUGCCGCCGCUUCCUCAACGGCAGCUACUGCUCUUUUGAAGAGGGCGAAUGCAGUUGGCAGUCCAUAAUGGGCCGCGGUCUUUCAUGGAGAAGGCUCAAGUCCGUAGCCAAGAUGCCCCGACACAGCUGCCCAUCAUCAGGUGCUGUGUUUUCUGUGGAUGGAAGCCAGUUCAAAGGCCUGCGGAGCUCUGCCUUACUGCGGAGCCCACUAUUUCCACCUCCUUUGAGAAACUCCCCAUGCAUGGUCCGCUUUCAGUUUUGCUUUGGAGGACUACAGAAGGGGGCGCUCUCGCUGUGGAUCGUGGAGAACAGCACCGGGCCAGUGGAGCAGAGAAGACUCUGGCACUCGUCCAGUGAACCCAUGUGGGAGAAAGGCUGGAAGCUGGUGGUGGUUCCUCUGUUCGGACUGGCCGACUGGUUCUGGCUGCAGUUCAGCACCGAAGACGGACCUGGACCCGGUUCAGCCAUCUCCCUGGACAACAUCUCCUUCAGCAUGAACUGCUUCUUAGCCUCUAACGGGGAGUUCCCGCCAGUGGCCAGCGCCGCCACCCGGCCUCCGUACAGACCGCCGCUCGCCACCUCGCCGUCAUCUAUCGUCAUCCCUCGGAUCAUCGACCCCACGCCGGACUUCAGCAAAAAGUGGAUAUUUAACACGUGCGGAGCGGUGGGUCCGGAGGGUCCGACUCCCACUCAGUGCCUCAACUCCUACAGGAACACCAACGUCAAUGUGACAGUGGACACCCGAGGGCACUUCAAAGGGAUCCAGACAUGGAAGGUCCCCGACACCGGCACCUACAGGAUCACUGCCUACGGUGCAGCGGGCGGACGCAGCGUUCUGGCGAUGAGGCGCUCGCACGGCGUCCAUAUCACCGGAGACUUUCUGUUGAGGAAGGGAGAGCUGAUUCACAUCCUGGUGGGACAGAAAGGAGAGGACGCUUGUCCCAACUCCAACACCGCUCUGAACAAGAUCUGCCUGGAGCAAAGUGGCCCGGUGGUGAAUAAAACCCAAGUGAAAGGAGGAGGCGGAGGGGGCGGCGGAGCUACAUAUGUGUUCAAGGUCAACAAAGGGCGCUAUGUCCCCAUCAUCAUUGCUGCCGGAGGAGGCGGCCGGGGCUACAGCAGCCCAGCAGGGAACCAGCUGGAGCAGAUGGACUAUGACCCCAGUGAACCGGGUCGCAACGGAAAGUCCAACGCUGCAGGUGGAGGAGGAGGAUGGAAUGACGAUCUCCCCGUCAGUCAGGGUGGCAGGCCGCUCGUGCUGGGGGGCCACGGAGGGCAGGCUUGUCAAAAGUUCUGGCAGACCCGUGGCGGCUUCGGAGGCGGCGGGGGAGGCUGUAUGUCCGGAGGCGGCGGUGGAGGCUACAGAGGUGGCAACACAUCUUUAAGCAAUGACCCAAAACACGACGGUGACGACGGAACAUCCUUUGUCGGCCCGCAGGGGGAGACCUUCCUGUUUCCGCUGAAAGCCAUGGAAGGCGACGGCGAGGUGAUCAUCAGCCCGGUGGAGAACUGCAGCCACUGCGAGAGCGGCGAGUGUCACGAGGUGAAGGGCAGCGUCCUCUGCUACUGCGACGACGAUCUCACCCUGGCGGCGGACGGCGUGUCCUGCAUCAACUCCUCAGGGGUGCCCACGCUGCCCCCACAGCCGUCUCUCUCACACUUGGCGCUGGGUCUGUCUGUCGGCACCUCGGCGCUCAUCGCCGCUCUGCUGCUGGCCGUGUCUGGAGUCAUGAUAAUGUACCGACGGAAACACACGGAGCUGCAGUCCAUUCAGCUGGAGCUGCAGAGUCCAGACUGCAAGCUCAGCAAGCUGCGGGCCUCCACCAUCAUGACCGACUACAAUCCCAAUUACUGUUUCGCCGGCAAGACGGCCUCGGUCAACGAUCUGAAGGAAGUGCCGAGACGCAACAUCUCCCUCACCAGGGGUCUGGGUCACGGGGCCUUUGGGGAGGUCUAUGAAGGUGUAGCAGUGGGGAUACCUGGAGAACCCAGUCCUCUGCAGGUGGCAGUCAAGACUCUUCCUGAGGUUUGCUCCGAACAAGACGAAUUGGAUUUCCUCAUGGAGGCUCUGAUCAUCAGCAAGUUCAGCCACCAGAACAUCGUCCGCUGCAUCGGCGUGAGUCUACACGCCAUGCCCCGCUUCAUCCUUCUGGAGCUGAUGACAGGUGGAGACCUCAAGAGUUUUCUCCGAGAGAUGAGACCACGGCUGGAGCACCCGUCCAGCCUGAGCAUGGUCGACCUUCUCAACGUGGCCAGAGAUAUUGCCAAGGGCUGCCAGUAUCUGGAGGAAAAUCAAUUCAUACACAGAGACAUCGCGGCUCGGAAUUGCCUGCUGACCUGCAAAGGACCGGGACGCGUGGCCAAGAUUGGAGAUUUCGGAAUGGCUCGGGACAUUUACAGGGCGAGCUACUACAGGAAAGGAGGGCGAGCCAUGCUGCCAGUGAAGUGGAUGCCACCGGAGGCCUUCAUGGAAGGAAUCUUCACAUCCAAGACCGACACAUGGUCGUUCGGGGUCCUGCUGUGGGAGAUCUUCUCGCUCGGCUACAUGCCAUAUCCCAGCCGUAGCAACCAGGAGGUGCUGGAGUUUGUGACCAACGGUGGCAGAAUGGAUCCGCCCAAGAACUGCCCCGGACCUGUGUACCGGAUAAUGACCCAGAGUUGGCAGCACCAGCCCGAGGACAGGCCCAACUUCUCCACCAUCCUGGAGAGGAUCGACUACUGCCUGCAGGACCCUGACGUGGUGUCCAUGCCUUUGCCUGUGGAGUACGGACCAGUCCCAGAGGAGGAGGAGCAAGCCACCGCGGAACAGGACGACCCCACGGCUCCUACCGUGGUGGUGAAAGCCCAGGUCCCCGAUGGCGAGGCGCCACAGCCGCCUCCUUCCUACCCAUCAGACGACGCACGGAGAGGCACCGAGGCCUCGGGCACAACCUCGGAGGCCAAAGCACAGACAGCAGCUCCGCCGCAGCCGUGCCUGCAUCAGCACCAGCUGCCUCACACGCAGACCUCCAUCACCAUGACGACCACCAACACCGCCACCUCCACCGCUGCCUCUAUUCUGGCAGGCAAGGGAGUGCCGGUCUCUGCGAACCAGGGGCAGGACGGGGGCCACGUCAACCUUGCUUUCACCCAGGGGCAUCUGCCCGAGAAGGACGGCCACGGCGGGAAGACGACCAGCCUGUGGAACCCCACGUACGGCUCCUGGUUCCUGCAGCAGCAGCAGAGGAAGCAGCAGCAGCAGCAGCAGCAGAGGCAGGGAGGUGUCGGAGCUGCCAUGUCCACCGGGGGAACCAUUGGCCGGGUUCCUGGCGAGGGACAAGAGCAUGUGGGGCGGACGGUGGCUGAGGUGGCGGGAUCUCUGGGACUUCAACACCCGCACAAGAAGUUCCAGCAUCAACUCCAGCUGCUGCAGCAGCAGCAGCAGCAGGGUUUCUGCCGGCCGCUGUUACCGCCCCCGCCGCCACCCACCUCCCAGUCGCCGCUGCUCCUAGACUCUGCCGCUCUGCCGCCAGUGCCACUCUACAGACUGAGACGCUUCCCCUGCGGGAACAUCGGCUACGGCUACCAGGAGCAAGGCCUGUCUUUAGAAGCUUCUCAUGGCAACCCUCCGCCCUCCAUGCCUCCGCAGCAAGGCCUCCCAUCAUCCACCGCCACCGCCGCCGCCCACCACAGGGCGACGACACUGAGCAGGCCAGCUAUGUCAGAGGACAGUCGCCCUCUGCUGGUCACCAUGGGAACAGUUCAUGACCCCCGGCUGCCCAGGAUCGAGGGCCACAACGCCACAGUUCUUUAGCCCAGAUGCCUCCUUCACCACCUUUUUUGAGGGGGACUUCAGGAAACACUGUGUCAGGACCCUUUUCUGCCGUCAUGCUUUUCGGUCCCAGAAAAAUAAACGGUAAGGAUUCAUUUCCGGAGUCCAAGAGGAUGAUAAAGCACAUCGGAGCAUCAGGGCGGGUUCAGUUGCAGGUUUGACAUGUGAGGAUUCACAGACGGGACGAAUGGAGAAACAAAGUGGAGCUCAUGAGAGGAGCUUUUUCUUUUCAGCUGGUGGAAUUUUUGCGUUACACACUGGACGACACGGAGAACGGAAGCCGAAAGCAACAUGAUCGGACGGUUUUCCAAGACACAGCCCAACAUUUGUACCUGGAAAAAAAGAAACACUGGGAACUCGUGUUUGUCGAUGUUUGCUUGCUUAUUUAUUCAUUUGUUUGGUUUUGAUUUCCGGGCGGCGAAAGGUUUCUUCUUCAAACUCAUUGAUCCGCUCACCAUCGCUUCAUUCCCAGGUGCUGGAGAGUUUGGUGAACCAGCUUGAUGCAGACAAAAGUAGAUGCACAUGCUACAGGCAAAACUAUAGUUGUAAACCAAAGAGGAUCAAGGUUGGUUGUGAGGAAAAGAUCCGCUGUGGCACAAGAGACUUACAACGCCUUUAUUAUGGGAUGGAUGGUCAACGUCACAAACAAAAGUAAAUUAUAACAUGACAGAAUAUGGAAGUCAAGUCCAUCCAAGUUUGGGUUUUAGGGAAAACAUUUGAUCAUAUAUUUGAUUAUAAAUGCAUUUUAUAGAAGAAAAUUCUCACAUUUUCAAGCAGUUUUAUGUUGAAAGUGUAAAAUCCAUAUUAUAUAUUAAAAAACGUAACUUAGAUUACGUUAAAGUUUAACAAAAUCGCAUCAUUGGAAGAAGCUGGUUGUCAAACUCUCCGUCCUGCGUUUGUAUUUAUUGAACAUGAAAUUUAUCACCACUUUCCUUCUUAAAUCUCUACAUCUGUACUUUCUACCUUUAUUUCCUUCAGUUGUGGAUGGAUUUAGAGUGGAUGCAAAAAAACAAAAAAAAAAGACCGGACCCACUCUGUCUCGUCAGCUGUUUUGACUGAAGGACGCGCUGGAAGUGUCGGCGUCGAUACCGGGCUGAAUGACACGUCCACUUUGGUUCCUGCUUCCCUCUGCAACCGCAUCAGAGCCGGAGCGAUGAUGAGCUGUCACGACGCUCCCAGACUGACUAAGACGAAUCCCGGCGACGUGCCGUGACUCCGCGUUUAAAAGAAAAACUGUGUCGCUUCUGUGGUUCAUUCUCCGCUCAGCUUCUAUGGUUUGAUGUACAAAGACCUGUAAAUGUUGUAAUUAUAAAGUAUUGUAUCAUGGCCGUGGUAAACGCCGUUCUUUGCCCUUCAGAACACAUUCGCCAAAUUAAUAAAUGACUAUAUU